AUGAAAUCAGCUCUUGGGUUCACCCUCGCUCUACUGGCAGUGCUUGCUGUAAAGACAGCAGCUGCUGCAGUCCAGUUCAGCCAUGCCGAAGAGUGGCAGAUGUGGAAGACACAGCACGGGAAGAGCUAUGGCUCAGUGAGAGAGGAGCUGGAGAGACAUCUGGUGUGGCUGGCCAACAGAGAGUACAUCAAUGCCCACAACCAGAACUCCCACAUCUUUGGAUUCACCCUCGCCAUAAACCAUCUGGGAGACAUCACUGAUGCUGAGUAUGAAGAGAUGUAUUCCACCUACCGCGGCAUCGAUCAUGGAAACUACACCAAGGUCUACGACCCUUCCCACUACUCCAGUAACCUUCCUGAGUCCAUUGACUGGAGGACUAUCAAUGCAGUCACUUCUGUCAAGGAUCAGGUGAAAUGCUAA